CAAAACCUCGCCGCUCCACGAAAGCGACGUCGUUACGAGCUUCCUGCCGUCAUUAUAAGCCGAUGUGAAAAAGAUAAAAUAAUAAAUAAAGAGAAACAGACAUCAUUGCUCUCUCUCUCUCUCUCUCUCUCUCUUCUCUUUUCAUUUUUUCUGUGUCAGAGACCCUGAUGAGAUCAGUGUGAGAGACAGUGCGAGAAACAAAAUAAAAAAAAAAAAAGAAAAAAAGAAAAGGGAAAGGAGGUGUUCGUGUUUGUUUACUUGCUCUGCCCCAAAACCCAAAUCGUCAAUGGACUGUGUUUGGGAGUGAGAUUGGGGAUAACGCUAUCCCCAAUUUGGAUGCUGCAUUGACGAACAUACCGCAAACCACACUUCCAAUUAGCUCUCUCUCUCUCUCUCUCUCUCUCUUUCUUUCUCUGCAUUUACCAAUUUAGCCCUUUCAGUCUCAUGGAUUCUGAUUGCCGUUAACGACGCCGUGUUGCUUCUUCUCGUUUUUUUUUUUUUUUUUUCCUCCAUCUGAGUCUCUCUGUGAUUUCCUUUUGUUCCGAUCGGCAAUGCCUUUGAAACGGGGACCAUCCGCGGCGGCAAUACACCGGAAUCGAGGAGGUGGUGGUGGAUCUCGGUUCUUCGUUGCCAUUCUCGUUUUCUUCUCGCUGCUUUUCGCCCCUUUGGUUUUCUUCGUCUUCCGUGGACUUCACACCAUUUCUGACCGUGACGAUGUUUUACUGGGUCCUGGGGAAAAGAGUGUGGAUUGGAGAGAAAGGUUGGCAUUGCAACAUUUUAAAUCUCUUUUUUCAAAAGAGGUUAUUGAUGUAAUUACAGCCAGCACAAAUGAUAUGGGGCCUUUGAGCCUUGAUUAUUUUAGGAAAAAUAAUUUUUCCACUUCUUGGAAGGUUGGUGUGGAUAAUUCAGUUGUUGCUCAUCCUGAGAUGAACAAGACAGAUGUAGAUGUUAGACAAGGAACACAUAAAGUCAAAGUGGAUGACUUGUCAGAUGAUCAAGCUCAAUUUAUUGACUCACCUGCAAAACUAGCUCGAAGGCGAUUGAGAGAGAAGAGGCGUGAGAAGCGUGCAUCUGAUUUGGUACAACAGGACGAUGAAGCUAUCAUCAAACUUGAGAAUGCAGCCAUGGAACGAUCCAAAUCAGUUGACUCUGCAGUACUUGGAAAAUAUAGCAUUUGGAGGAAAGAGAAUGAGAAUGAGAACUCUGAUUCGACGGUGCGCUUGAUGCGGGACCAAAUCAUUAUGGCAAGGGUAUAUCUGGGUAUUGCAAAGAUGAAAAACAAGAAUGAGUUAUACCAACAACUUCAGACUAGGCUUAAAGACAGCCAACGUGCCUUAGGAGAAGCUACUGCUGAUACAGAUUUACAUCAAAGUGCACCUGGGAGAAUGAAGGCUAUGGGCCAAGUUCUGUCAAAAGCAAGAGAACAACUGUACGAUUGCAAAUUGGUGACUGGCAAGCUGAGAGCAAUGCUUCAAUCUGCAGAUGAACAAGUGCGGAGCUUGAAAAAACAAAGCACAUUUCUAAGUCAGUUAGCUGCGAAGACUAUGCCAAAUGGAAUCCAUUGCUUAUCUUUGCGCCUGACCAUAGAUUACUAUCUUCUUCCUCCUGAGAAGAGGAAGUACCCUAGAAGUGAGAAUUUGGAAAAUCCAAAUCUCUAUCACUACGCCCUCUUCUCAGACAAUGUCUUGGCUGCAUCAGUCGUUGUCAACUCAACUAUCGUAAAUGCCAAGGAUCCAUCAAAGCAUGUAUUCCAUCUUGUUAGUGAUAAGCUUAACUUUGGAGCCAUGAGUAUGUGGUUUCUGUUGAAUCCUCCUGGAAAAGCCACAAUUCAUGUUGAGAAUGUUGAUGAGUUUAAGUGGCUGAACUCAUCCUACUGCCCAGUUCUGCGACAGCUUGAAUCUGCUUCAAUGAAAGAGUAUUAUUUCAAGGCUGGCCAUCCAACCACCCUUUCAUCUGGUGCUUCUAAUCUCAAGUACAGGAACCCUAAGUAUCUCUCAAUGCUAAACCAUUUGAGGUUCUAUCUUCCUCAGGUUUAUCCAAAGUUGGAUAAGAUCCUUUUUCUUGAUGAUGACAUUGUCGUCCAGAAAGACUUGACUGCAUUGUGGUCUGUGAAUCUUCGUGGAAAAGUGAAUGGUGCUGUGGAAACUUGUGGUGAGAGCUUCCACCGGUUUGACAAGUACCUUAACUUCUCCAAUCCUCAUAUUGCGAGAAACUUUGAUCCAAAUGCAUGUGGCUGGGCUUAUGGGAUGAAUAUGUUCGAUCUUAAGGAGUGGAAAAAGAAGGAUAUUACUGGCAUAUAUCACAAGUGGCAGAACAUGAAUGAAGAUAGGGUACUAUGGAAGCUGGGGACUUUACCUCCAGGGCUUAUAACUUUUUAUGGGUUGACUCAUCCACUCGAUAAGUCAUGGCAUGUCCUUGGUUUGGGUUACAAUCCAAGCGUUGACCGGUCUGAGAUCGAUCGUGCAGCUGUCAUUCACUACAAUGGUAACAUGAAACCAUGGUUGGAGUUGGCAAUGACAAAGUAUCGGCCAUACUGGACUAAGUACAUCAAGUAUGAUCAUCCUUACCUUCGCAACUGCAAACUGAGUGAAUGAACUGUUAAUGUGUCUCCCUCAAAUAUGCUGUACACAUUCUUUCUCUUGCUCGCUUGAAAUUUUCAAUGGAAAAGGUGCUUGUGUGGUUCAGGAGAAGAAUGCAUUUUCUUUUUAACAUAUGCUUUGUCUCCUAGUUUUUUUUUCAUUUUUCUACAUUGUUUAUUCUUCUUUGUAAUUCUUUCAUUUCGUUAGCAUUAUGCCCACCAAUUGGAACAGGGUAACUGAAAAUUCUUUGCCUUGUUGACCUGUAAAACUCAGUACCUUAUUUGGUUUUGGAACCAAGGUACAAUCACUAAUAGGAAUUAAAAGUUCAAUUUUGUGUA